UUUAACCAAAGCAAACACCAGCCAUGGAUCUUCACUAUCUUCCUUCAAUCGUUCCAGCCACGGCACCUAUUUUGGUUGGUUUACUCUUUCUCUUCCAUCUCUUAUGGAAACAAAGAUUUUCCCGGAGAACACCACCGGAAGCUGGCGGCGCGUGGCCCAUCAUCGGCCACCUUCACCUAUUAGCAGGGCCGCAGCCUCCCCACAUAACCUUGGCCCACAUGGCCGAUAAGUACGGCCCAAUCUUCACCAUAAAGAUGGGAGUUCACAGAGCUUUGGUGGUAAGCAGCUGGGAGAUGGCAAAAGAGUGUCUCACCACAAACGACAAGAUUUUCGCCAACCGUCCAAAAGCAGCAGCCCCAGAACACAUGACCUACAACUAUGCCAUGUUUGGGUUCAGCCCUUAUGGCCCUUACUGGCGCCAAGUGCGCAAGAUUGCCACGCUUGAGUUGCUUUCCAACCACCGUCUAGAGAUGCUCAGCCAUGUCCGAGUAUCCGAGGUGAAUACUGCCAUAAAAGAGAAAUAUGAGCUUUGGGUUAAGAACAAUAAUAGUGGUAAUAAUAAUAACGGAGUGGGGGUAGAGAUGAAGAAAUGGUUUGGGGACAUAACGCUUAACGUGAUCUUCAGGAUGGUUGUGGGGAAGCGAUAUCUUGAGGCUACAAGCUUGAGUGAAAUAGGAAGUGAUGAUCGGUGUCGAAAGGCGUUGAGGGAUUUCUUUGAAUUGACGGGGACUUUUGUGGUGUCCGAUGCGCUUCCGUACUUGAAAUGGUUGGACUUUGGGGGCUAUGAGAAAUCCAUGAAAAAGACUUCAAAAGAGCUUGAUCAAUUAGCUCAAAGAUGGCUUGAGGAGCACAAGCGGAAGAGAGUUUCCGGGGAAGUUAAUGGUGACCAAGAUUUCAUGGACGUGAUGCUUUCGAUUCUUGACGGCGCAGAGUUAGGAAUUUCAAGUACUUAUGAUGCUGAUACAAUCAACAAAGCUACUUCCCUGGCUCUUAUUCUGGCUGGCACCGAUACAACAACGGUGACAAUGACAUGGGCUCUGGCUCUCCUUCUCAACAAUCGAGAAGCCCUAAAGAAAGCCGAACAAGAAUUAGACCUAUACGUUGGCAAGGAAAGGCAAGUGAAGGAAUCAGACCUAAAGAACCUGGUUUAUCUGCAAGCUAUUCUCAAAGAAACAAUGCGUUUAUACCCAGCAGGGCCACUCUCACUACCACACGAGUCCACAGAAGACUGCACCGUCGGAGGCUACCAUGUUCCGGCAGGCACGCGCCUCCUUCUCAAUCUCUCGAAGCUUCAUUUGGAUCCAAAAGUGUGGGACCAGCCGAGCGAGUUUAGGCCGGAGAGGUUUCUCACGGCUCACAAAAACGUCGACGUUAGAGGACAGAACUUCGAGUUGAUACCGUUUAGUAGUGGUAGAAGAAUGUGCCCCGGGGUGUCGUUUGCGCUUCAAGUUAUGCAGCUCACACUAGCCGCUUUGCUUCAUGGGUUUAAGAUUGCGACGAGGUCGGAUGAGCCAGUUGAUAUGCGUGAGACUGUCGGAUUGACUAACCUUAAAGCCACCCCUCUUGAUGUCAUAAUCACCCCACGUCUUCAUGCUGGAGCGUAUCAAUGAAAUGUAGGAACAAGAACAAUAUUUCUACUUUCUAGAUGAAAUAAGGCUAUAUGCUUAUGUAUGUAGUUGGUCCUACUUCCCAAAGACCAGUUAUAUAAAAAGUGUUUAUCAAGUA